GACGCGCGCCGCGCUCGCCGCAGUGCUGCUGGUGCAGCACGUGUCGGCGAGUGACGUGGCUCGGGAGCAGAUCGAGCAGCUUAAGGACCAGCUGGCGGUGGAAACCCGGCUGGAGGACCAGUACGUCAGGUUCUUCGCACCUCCGCCCCACAGUGUCAACGACCUGGGAGCGGGCAGUCUCUCGCCGGCCGAUCUGAUCCGACCUCAGAAUGCGCCCCAAAUCACCAGCCUGAACGUGCAGUGCGCCGCCGACAGCAUGCAGCUCCAGAUCGCCUUCGACCGGCCAUUCGAGGGCAUCAUCUACUCUAAGGGAUACUUCUCAUCACCACUGUGCCAUCACGCGUCCGGCGGGCCGGCGGGUCGCACGCGCUCCUUCAUCAUCAGCGCCGACGCCUGCGGCACCCGCUUCAACAGGCUCAAGGACGGCCGCGACUACAUGGAGAACGUCAUCGUCGUCCAGAACGACGUCGGCCUGCAGAAGGCGUUUGACACGGCGCGCAAGAUCCGCUGCAUGCUGCGGCCCAAGGGGGCGCGCCAGGUCAAUGAGAAGACCGUGACGUACGCCUUCAACGUGGACACGCUGGACCAGAAGGAGGUGACAUUCGAGACGGACGAGGACCCCGUCUCCAAGGCCAACGCCGUGCUCGACAUACAGAUCGGCCAGGGCCCGUACGCGCCGUCCGUGGACGGGCUGGUGAAGAUCGGCGACAUCCUCACCAUGGUGGUGGAGGCGGAGGGCGACCGAGACGUCGACGUACGCGUGCGGCAGUGUAUCGCCAUGAACGGAGACAGGACGUCGCACGUGAACCUGACGGAUGACGUCGGAUGCACCAUGAAGCCGAACCUGCUGUCGCCCUGGUUGAAAACAAAGCAGAAUAACGCGGUCAUGGCGUACAGCUACUUCUCGGCGUUUAAGUUCCCGGAACAGAUGGACGUGAUCAUUGAAUGUAAUCUGGACCUCUGCAAGGGAGAGUGCGGCUUCUGCCAAGAGGAUGUUGUCACAGUGUCGCGGGUGCUGGAGCGGUCGCGGCGCGAGCUGAACGCCAGCGCGGCUGCCGUGCAGCGGGCCGAAGCGCGCGAGCCAGUGCGGCUGGCUCGCCGCCUCCGCGUGGUGGCGCCACAGGACAUCGCCAUCACCGAGGCGACGCGCACCCUGCUGCCGGGCGGAGCCAGCGCCGGCGCCGGCGGCGACGCCGUCUGCCUGUCCGUGCUGACGUUCGUGGUCGGCCUGGUGGUGAUCCUGCUGCUGCUGUUCGUCGCCUCGAUCGCCACGGCGGUGCUGUGCGUGCGGGCACGCGGCCAGACCACGGCGCUGGUGACCGCCCUGCCGGACGCCUCGUUCCACGCCUUCUCCUCCUAUCUCGGUUUCACGACCGCCAUUCCAGAAGUGGGCGUGUCGCUGGCCUGCACGCGCCUGCUAAGGUAA